CCAAGUUCCAACAAUUUUGAAGGGAGAAAAUGGAGGCAGUCCUUUGAACGGUGGAGUAAAAUCUCAGAUGAAGAGGCCAUUUUUUCUCUUCUUUACUCAAUACUUCUCUCAUGUCGAAAACCCUUUUCUCCCGUAUCAAACCUUCUCACAAGCUCAAGCCUCCGCCUGUGAACUCUCACUAUGAAACCCAGAUCAGCAGGCUUGUUGAAGACGUCUCGGAAAUCCUUAGAACCCAGGAAGAAUACGACGAAAACCUAGAAACUCGAUUCUCCGAAGAGGACAUCCUUGUUUCGGAAGCUGCUCCCCUAGUUCUUGAUCGAAUUCGAGAUGCCGAGUUGGGCCUGAAGUUCUUUGAUUGGGUUUCUCGGCGACCAUGGAGUUCUCCGGAUCCUCGCUCUUAUUCAUCUCUUCUAAGGGUAUUAGCUCAUUCGAAAAUGUUUUCCGAGAUCGAAACCGUGCUGGAAAAUAUGAGAAAUGAAGACAAGCUGCCUACCCAUGAAACUCUCAACGUCCUAAUUAGAGCUUAUGCGGAUUCAGGGUUCGUUGAUAAAGCUCUUGAAUUUUACUCGGUUUUAGUUAGGAGACACUAUUCUUUCCCUAAUGUGUUUACUUGUAAUUGUUUGCUUAAUGUGCUUGUUAAGCGACGUCGAAUUGACGUUGCUCGUCAAAUAUAUGAUGAAAUGCUACACAGAAACAGUGGUGAUCACAGUUCUGCUGAUAACUACAGUACUUGUAUAAUGGUGAGAGGUCUGUGUAGUGAAGGGAAGGUGGAUGAGGGGAGAAAUUUGAUUGAGGAUAGGUGGGGAAGUGGUUGCAUUCCAAAUGUCGUCUUCUAUAAUACACUCAUUGAUGGGUACUGCAAGAACGGUGAUCUUCGACAGGCUUAUGGGAUUUUCAGAGAAAUGAAAAUGAAAGGAUUUUUGCCAACAUUGGUUUCCUAUGGGGCUAUGAUUAAUGGGUUCUGCAAGAAAGGUAAUUUCAAGGCAAUUGAUAAGCUUCUGUUGGAAAUAAAAACAAGAGGAUUAAGUGUCAACGUACAAAUUUACAAUAACAUCAUUGAUGCUCAAUGCAAGCAUGGCUCUGUCCUACAAGCAAUGGAGACUUUUAGGAAGAUGAUUGGAAAUGGUUGUGAGCCUGAUAUUAUAACGUACAAUACUAUAAUUUGUGGAUCUUGUAAGGAGGGAAAGGUUCACGAGGCCAAUGAUCUUUUGAGGCAAGCAGUGAAGAGGGGAUUGACGCCAAAUAAGUAUAGUUAUACUCCUCUUGUGCAUGGGUAUUGUAGGCAGGGGGAGGUGGUCAGGGCCUCAAACUUGCUCAUUGAAAUGAUGGAAGGGGGGCAUAAGCCCGACUUGGUAACUUAUGGGGCUCUAAUACAUGGGCUUGUGUUGGCAGGCGAGGUUAAUGUUGCAUUGUCUAUCCGAGAAAAAAUGGUGGAAAGGGGAGUAUUUCCUGACUCAGGUAUUUACAAUGUUCUUAUGAGUGGACUUUGCAAAAAAGGGAUGUUUCCUGCUACGAAGCAGCUGCUUGAAGAGAUGCUUGACCAAAAGAUCCUACCUGAUGCAUUUGUUUAUACUACUCUAAUUGAUGGUUUUAUCAGGCAUGGUGACAUUGAUGAGGCAAAAAAUCUCUUUAACUUAUUGACUGAAAAGUGUGAUCCUGGUUUAAUUGGGUACAACACCAUGAUCAAGGGCUACUGUAAAUUUGGAAUGAUGAAGGAUGCAAUUUCAUGCGUUGGUAGGAUGAGAGAAAGACGCAUAUUUCCUGAUGCGUUCACCUACUCAACAAUUGUAGACGGGUAUGUAAAACAGGAUAACAUAGAUGAGGCACUAAGGGUGUUCCGCAAUAUGAUGCAACAGAGAUGCAAGCCAAACGUUGUCACAUACUCUUCUCUCAUUAAUGGCUUUUGCCGGAAGGGAGAGUCCCAUAGAGCUGUUGAGCUUUUCAGAGAGAUGCAAUCUCGUGGGUUAGUCCCUAAUGUUGUAACAUACAGUGUUCUUAUUGGGCACUUCUGUAAAGGAGGCAAACUUGCAAACGCUGCUUCAUUUUUUGAAGAAAUGCUGAUUAAUAAGUGCGCACCCAAUGAUUAUACAUAUCAAUUUUUGAUAAAUGGACUCACAAAAAAUAUAUCUGAAGGAGAUGGAUUUCAAGAGCAUCCGAAGUCUAUAGUCUUGGAUUUAUUUGAGAGGAUGAUUUCAGACGGAUGGGAUCCAAGGACGGCUGCAUAUAAUGCUAUUCUUAUUUGUCUUUGUCAGCAUGGAAUGCUCAGAACUGCAUUGGAGUUGAGAGAUAAGAUGGUGGCAAAGGGCCACCUUAUGGAUCCUGUUACUUUUGCUGCCCUGCUACAUGGUUUCUGCAUUGAAGGAAGAUCAAGGGAGUGGAAAAACUUCUUAUCUUGCAAUCUGAGCCAGAGGGAGCUCCAAGUUGCUCUUGAUUACUCAUUGCUGUUAGAUCAAUACCUGCCUCAUGGAAUGAUCUCUGAGGCAUCUCAGAUUUUGCAGUUCUUGGUUGAGGAGUGCAAGCUUGAUAACCAAAAAAUGAGUAAAGAAGUGAUGGUUUGAAAAUAUCAGUAAUUUAAGGAGAACGAAAUAGGGCCAACCAGUACAAUUGUUGCUUUAAUAGGGUGUACUUGGAAGGGUGGAUUGAAGAUGGUCCUAACCUUUGGCCAUUUUUUGCAUGAAGUUGCCAGCUUCACACUUGAAACUGCAUCUUCAUACAGGCAGCCCGAGUGAGGGACAGCCCCUAAUUUAAGGAGAUGGCGAAGAUUUCAAACAUUCCAUUCUAUACCUUCUGAAACCUUAUUUUGUGGGCCUAGCCACAGGUUGGUUUUUUAGAAGGAAAGAAGUAUGCCAUAUUGGAUAAACUACAUAUUCAAGACCUUCUGAAACCUUAUUUUGUGUUGCCUUGGGUUUGGCAUAAGCUGUGUGGUGUGGGAUUGUGGAGAAAUGCCCUCUGUGAUUCUUUAUGAUCACAUGGAUUACGGCAAAGGAUUAAAGAAUGAUGAAUGAGGCCCUUGGGUGUCUAUCAUCAUGGCAUAAAUUCAUGGAGGCUUGAUGUUGAAGCAGCAGAAAGAAGUCACUUGUUGGCAUACAAUGAAUUGACUCCUGCUUUUGAUUGCAAAAGUAAUCAAUUAGGUUUCCAAAAUAAAGAGGUCUAAGCGAUCUUUUUCUGAGGGAAACAAACUGGUCAGUAAGGUUAAAGCAGAGUCACUGUCACAUUUUCAUGGGGAGAUGGGCAGUGAGUCAGUGACGGACUACCAAAACAUGUCAUGGGACUCAUAUGUGGUGCAUUCAGAGGAGCGCCUACGACAUCUAUAGUGGUAUAAACAUGUAUUCAUGGGGACGAAAGUUCUUGACAGACCUUUCUGUCCUGUCAAGAAGAACAGCCAUUGUUCACAGUAACUGAAGGUCUCCUCCAUCGAAUAGACCCCACCUGGGUUGCUGUUGGUCUCCUCAUCACUGACUUGGCUGCUGCUGAACACUACACCAUUGAACUAGACUUUUCUCCUUCAUCAAAUAACGUGGAUUGCACAUCUGUUUUGGAGGACUUCGGCUUCUCCAUUUCUUCUCAGAUUGGGACAGCAAGAAGGUAAGUAAAACCCCCCCCUGCUCCACAUCCAUUGACUGCCUAUUAUCCCCAUGAUCUCCCCCACUGAAAUCUGAAAUUAAUCUCUGUUUCAAACCAUCUAUUUUCUACUGAAACCUGAAAUUAAUCCCUGCUGUUUUACCUUAUUAGUUGACUGAUUUCAGAGAAUUGCGCAGGUUGCUUAUUAUGCUUAGUGUCUUGAUUGAUGUGUGCUAAACCUAACACAUAUUUGCUACCAUGUUCCCUUCCCCAUACCCCCAUUUGACACUUGGGUAGUUUAAGUGUUUUUCAUGCUUAGAUUAUUAUUGACCAAAGCUGCCCUAUUAAUUAGUCUAUUAUCUUGCAUGUUAAAUCUGUACUUUGCUGAGCAACUUUGAACCCAACCCAAUUCAAGACCUAUUGAGUAUUCCUUACUCUAGUGGAUUGACCCCUUGUAGGAAACCUAGUUGCCUAGGCACCCUCCCUACAUCAAAAUUACUUGCAAAAGAACACAAAUUAGCAUGAUAUCUAUGAAUCUUUAUUUGUUGCUAUGUCACUUAGCGGCCAUUGAAUGCAUUUAGACUGCCUAGUCUUAGCCAACGGCCUAUUAACUAAUUUCUUGCUUUAAAUUUGUGAGAUGUUGCACUGCUUUUAUCUCCAUAUAUUUGGAUAACAUUCUCGGUUAUGUAAUCCUUUCAAUUUUGAUAUAGAUGUGUUUCCCAUUUUCCUAUGACAAGUAUCCAUUUCUUUGAAAGCUGUUGAUGUGUGUGCUUUUGGGUGUAGGCAUUGUGGUCCUUGGGCUUGUUGAUAGUUGAGGUUCAUUUAGGCUGCAUUGAGGAUGGGGUAUUGUUCUCUUAGAAGCUCGGUUGAGUACCUGAAGGGUUUUUAAAUACUCCUUCAUAAUGUCAUCUCCUCUUUGGUAAAAGUACACUCCAAGAAGCAGGAUUUUCUAAUGUCACAAAUCAUGCAGGAUCAAAAGUCUGCACAUGGUAAAAUUUUAUGUCGAUUCUGAGGGAAGUAGGUAACAGCCAAGAGACUCGAACUUGAGACCUCCUGAUGAGGAUAGGCUUUUUUAUGCACCACAAUUCACCGUUGUUAUGUAUCAGUUGGAUUGAUCUCUCUUCUGUUUACACUAAAUAAACUCUGCUCAUCAAGAGGGUUCACAAGCAAAGGAGAUCGAACCGACGCCAGAGGUACCAUUGGAGCCGAAUCCAGGCGCGUUACAGAGUGUCCGAUGCAAGAGCGACGUAGGCAGGUUGGGUUGGAAGUUCCAAAUACGAUGUUAAUCAUCGGUAUGGGCAUGCAUGCGGCGGUCUGGGCUUUGUUCGCUAGUCCUAGCAUGGUGACCAACCGACCAUGGCAGUGGGCAAACAUGGGACUCUAGCCCUUGAUGAAUUUAAUAUCUUUAAUGACCUUUUUAAUGUUAGCUGUGUUUAUAAUAUUUUAUUGAAGUGGUUUGUUUCACCUAUUCCCUAGUCAGGAUGAUCUUGUCGAUGGUAUGUGAGAAAGUUGAUUAAUUUCUAUCCGGUGGUUCUAGGUAAUCUGUACCUUCUAUUUUAGUGAAUUUUAUGUUAAAAAAAAAUUCAACUCAUCUAUGAUUAUACAUGGCAUAUAUUUAGAUUC